CACUCACAGUAAGGAGUGACCAAUGGAGGUGGUAUCCCGUAGGGGCAGUAGAGCCACCCAUAAUAGUUGCCUGUUGUUUCCGCUGACUGCGGAGUGUUCUGGGCAUUGACUGUUCGUGUUUACCAUUGGGUUACCGCCGACCUCAAACACAAACAGCGUUGGAUUAUACAAUUAAUUCAUCCUAAGAAGCCAGACGUCCAGAAAAUUAAUGAAGUAAAAUUGAUUUUGUGCAACGGACUGGCUAAAUAUCAUUGUAUCAGAAGCUAUAUAGACCAUGAGAUGACUUUUGAGGCAACAUUAUAAACAGUGUACUGAACAUUAAUAGGAAAUAAUUGAACAAUGAGUGUUAUGGGGGUACUGUCGUGGUUGGUAGGGAGGGUGGCGAGCUACACCUGGAUUCUGCUGGCCACCGUUCUCUUUCUGUACAUAGCCUCAUGGGUUCAGCACCGCCGCCAUCAGCACUCUAUUUUCUCACGGCUUGGCAUCCCACAUGUGCCUCCGCAUCUCAUCUACGGCAGCAAUCACAUCCUGCGAGCGCCUGGGGCUCUUGCCACUGACGUUAUAGGUCAGUGGAUACAACAGUACGGCAAAGUCUUCGGCUACUACGUCGGCUGGAAGCCCACGCUGGUUGUGGCGGAUAUGGACCUCGUCAAACAAGUACUCAUAAAAGAUUUUCACAACUUUACUAAUCGCCCCAAGUUGGUGUUGGAUGUCCAGCCCGUCGUUGACACAGUUGUAGGGCUUCGGGACCAACGAUGGAAGGAUGUUCGCUCCGUCCUCGCUCCUACGUUCUCCAUGAUGAAGAUGAAGCUUAUGGCUGGCAUCAUGAAUCAUAAAAUCGAUCAACUGUUGGCCAUUGUCACAGAGAAGAACGCAAGGAAGGAGUCGGUGGAGUGGUUCACCACCUACCAGGGGAUGACACUGGACGUGAUCAGCGAGUGUGCUCUGGCCAUGAAAACCAACUGCCAACUUAAACAAAACAAAGAUGAGUUCUUCGUAGCAGUCAAAGAAUUCUUGAAGAACGCCCUUAACCCGGCUGUCCUCCUUGCUCUGUAUUUCCCAGGAUUUGCUACGUUUUUAAGCUUCGUAAGUAACAAGUUUUCUCUUUCUGGGAGGAUGACACAAAUGAUUGUCAACCACCUCAAGACUGUCAUCGCCAUCCGUCGCAAGGACUUAAGCAACAAAUACGUGGACGUGUUGCAACUAAUGCUGGAGACUGCCGAGUCUCGUCAAAACAACCCAGGCGACAGUGCAGCCACCGAUGUGACCACCACUGCAACAGACAAGGAAAGACCGCGACACAUCCUACUUACUGACAAAGAGAUUAUUGCCAAUGCUUGGGUUUUCAUGCUGGGCGGCUUUGAGACGACAGCUAAUGCUCUCACGUACGCCACCUACCUUCUGGCAACUCACCCACAGGUGCAGGAGCGACUCUAUCAGGAACUGUGCACUGUAUCCCAGAAGGAAGAUGGUGGUCCUCUGACAUAUGAAGAGGUGAGGCAACUCAAGUACUUGGAUCAAGUACUCAGUGAAUCGCUCAGGCUCUACCCACCUGUCGUUACCUUUACAGUCAGAGAGAGUGCAGAAGACUUUAUGUUGGGCAACACAUUGGUUUCAAAGGACAUGAACGUCUUAAUACCCAUCUGGCAGCUCCACCGUGACCCUGAACAGUGGACAGACCCGGACACCUUUGACCCAGAGAGAUUUUCUCCAGAUGCCAAAGCAGGAGAAUCACGUCACCCUAUGGCCUACUUACCAUUCGGUGCAGGUCCCAGGAAUUGUCCUGGCAUGAGGUUUGCACAGCUGGAGGCUAAACUAACACUCGCCAGGAUAGUCAAAAUCUUUAGGUUGGAGGUGUGUGAGGAUACCCCUACAUCACUUACUUUCAAGAUCUGCACUGUGACCAUCAACCCAGACUGCAAGGUGUACAUCAAGGCUGUGCCAAGGGAGUCCACACCCACGUUAUUCUGGAUAAUGAGUAUUGUAGGGGUGCUAGUGUGGGUGAUAAGAUGGCUGGUGAGCCACGCCUGGACUUUGCUGGCCGCCACCCUCCUGUUGUACAUAGCUUCGUGGGUGAAGCAGCGUCGCCGUCAGCACUCCGUCUUCGCUAGGCUUGGUAUCCCGUACGUGCAACCGCACAUUAUCUACGGCAGUAACCACGUCCUACGGGCGCCCGGAGCUCUCGCUACUGAUCUCGUAGGCCAGUGGCUAAAGAAGUAUGGCAAAGUUUUUGGCUUCUACGUUGGUUGGCAACCAAAUUUGGUCGUGGCCGACUUGGACCUCGUCAAACAAAUACUCGUGAAAGAGUUUCAAAACUUUUCCAACAGACCCACACUAGUGAUUGACGCCCAACCAGUCGUAGAUUGUCUCGUUGGCCUCAGAGACCAGCGAUGGAAAGACGUUCGCUCUGUUCUCGCUCCUACAUUUUCUGUGAUGAAGAUGAAGUUCAUGGCUAGCAUCAUGAACGAGAAAGUCGAUGAGCUGUUGUCAAUUGUCGCUAAAAAGGUUGAACAAGACAAGCCAAUAGAAUGGCACACGACCUUCCAGGGGAUGACGCUGGAUGUGAUCAGUCAGUGUGCACUUGCCCUUAAGACUCACUGUCAGCGUGACCAAGAAGGAGAGGAUUUCUUUCUGGCAGUUCGUCAGUUCCUAAAGAAUGCCGUCAACCCAGCCAUUCUCCUAGCACUAUACUUUAAGAUGUUUGCCAAGUUCUUGAGCUUCGUAAGCAACAGGCUCGCCUACUCUGGUAGAUUGACACAGAUGAUCAUCAAACACCUAAAGGCUGUCAUCGCCAUCCGACGACAGUAUACGGGAACAAAAUACCUCGAUGUCUUACAGCUGAUGCUGGACGCUGCAGAGUCGCAGCCUGACCACUCAGGCGAGGAAACGGUUGAGGACUCCUCCAGCAAUACGUCAAACACUUGGAAGGAAAAUCGCCAGAAAAGGUUUCUGACUGACGAAGAGAUUAUCGCCAAUGCCUGGGUCUUCCUGCUGGGUGGCUUCGAAACCACUGCCAACUCCGUGACCUACACGAGCUACCUACUGGGUACUCAUCCAGAGGUGCAGGAACGCGUCUACCAGGAACUGUGUGACGUCUUGCAGGAUAGCCCUGAGGAGCUGAGCUACGAGCAGGUGCACAGCCUCAAGUACCUGGACCAGGUAUUCUGUGAAGCCCUCAGGCUCUACCCUCCGGCUGUCAACUUCGUCAGCAGGGAGGCUGCUCAAGACAUCCAGCUGGGUGAUCUGUUAAUCCCUAAGAACAUGAGUAUCCAGAUCCCUCUCUGGCACAUCCACCGUGACCCUGAACACUGGCCUGACGCUGAGACUUUUGACCCAGAAAGAUUCUCGCCGGAAGCCAAGGCCUCUGUCAGUCGUCACCCAAUGGCGUACCUCCCUUUCGGCGCUGGACCCAGGAACUGCCCCGGCAUCAGGUUUGGCCAACUCGAGGCAAAACUCGCAGUGGCUAGAGUCAUCAGGAGAUACAAGUUGGUGGCUUACGGAGAGACGCCUAUCCCCCUCACCUUCGAAAUUCCCACCGUCACCCUCAACCCAUCUAAGGGAGUGUACAUGAAGGCUGUCCCCAGGAUCAAAUCAGAAUAAAGAUGGCAAGGGAGAGACAGAGAGAGAGAAAAAAAAAGAAUGUAUUACUUCAAACCCUGAAAUAUACAGUAGAUGGAACAGAGAAUAAAGUAAAACAAUAUUUUUUUUAAGCUGGGAAAACACAUCUACCCUCCGUACACCACUACAGGAAGGCUGAACAAGAUGCAAUGAACCAACACUCCAAGAAGGCUGGACAAGACACCUUACCCAUAGUACCAUUAAGUAAAAAUAGCCAUUUCUCGGAGUGAUUGCCACAAAGGAGAAAUUUCUGCCGCACAGAUAACAUUAAUCGCUGUAUCUUAGGUAUAUGUAGUACUGUACAGUGUUUUGUGGGAACCUUCUCCAGGCAGGAAAUAAUAAUCUUUUUUAUACUUGUUUGAUAUAUAUUGCUUUAUACUCGGUGUUACUGACAAUAUACAUGUAAAUUUUAGAACAAAAUAAAAUUAUAUGGACUUAU